AUUAUCACCAUUUACCUUUUGCACAUUAUAUCCACUGCAUACUGCGGAAAGAGAACAUUCUGAGAUAAAAAUGGCCACUUUACCAGAAUAUGAUGCGUUGUCACCAGGUUUGACAUCUACGUCGCAACCUCCCGCUGGCUCUUUUGAGCUGCAAGAAGACGAUUGCUUUAUUUCGCGUUGGCUGACAGAGAACAGCAGCGGUGUUACAAUCAACAGCAUCUGCCACCAGCAGCCUCCCGAGACGCCAACUACAACGUUCAGCUCUGAUGAAGCGGCACCCAGUAUGACUCCCUCUAGUUCUAUAACAACAGUCGCUACAACAAGUUCAUUCCCAACUUUUUCUCCUUCAGCUAUGGAGAGCUUCUCGGCGCAAACAUUUGCGUAUCCGGUUAACUGCUCGAGCUAUCCAAAUGCACCUUUGUGCGACAGUGUCGUCAACCGCAGCAGCAACAAUGAAACCACAACAGCCGAAGCACCAGAAUCAUUGACGACAAUAGCAGAUACCGCAGCAACUUACACAUCAUUCCAUCCAAUUUUAUCACCAUUUUCUCAAAGCCAAAGUAAAUUUCAAGGCGACAACACGGUCCUAUAUCAAAAAGAAUAUUCAAAUACCCCCUAUGCUACCGCUCCAUCACAUCAGUAUCAAGACUACUGUAUACAGCCGUCCCUAGACUCGCAAAUAGUCCACACCACUGCUACAUCAUCACAAAUAUACACGAGUUUUUCGGAAGAGCAGCGUCAUCCCCAAUUGUCAUCGCUAUCGCCAUGUACACCCACCGAAGAAUACUUUUGGUGGAAUCAUCAAGGUGUUAUUGACGAGGUAAUGAAUUCACAUACCCUAAGAUCAGCAACUAUGGUACUAUCAUGACAGGCACUUCAGCCGUGCCAUUUUAAUGGCGCUCGAUUCUCAUUGCUUCUUUAGAACACAGGUCAAUUUCCUGCUCUCAACGGGAC